UUGGUUGGCUAGCUACCAACUGCGGUGUACAUUGAUUAAAAAUAAACUUCGUCAAUUCCUUUACCCGCUGAGUUUAUCAUAAUUAAGUGGUUAACAAUGAGUACCGUGCCGAAACGACCUAAUGUAAAGUUGGCCAAACUUUGGUACAAAUAUAGGACGGAACCCGACGAAGGAAAGAAGAAAGAGCCUGAACAUGAAAUUGUUCAAGAGAAAAAGGAUUAUGAAUCGUAUCCACCUUAUAAUUUCUCCUGGUUUAUUGACAAAAGAAUAGCGGCAAUGGGCUGUCCACAGACUGUCGAAAACCUCAACUAUCUUGUUGAUGUCGGGGUCAAUCACCUCAUAACGCUGUCACCAGAGAGAAUCCCACCAAUUUUGGAGUGUGAGAAAAAGUUAAAAUGGUCAGAGAUCAGGAUCAAGGAGUUCGGAGUGCCUACUUUGAAACAAAUUUUGAAGUUCAUUGAAAUAUGUGAAAGGGCAGAGAUGAGAGGAGAGGUUAUAGGAAUCCACUGCAGGCAAGGGCGAGGUAGAACUGGCACAAUGUUGGCUUGCUACCUGGUGCACUUCCAGGACAUGGCUCCAGAGAGGGCCGUGCUUACCGUCAGAGUCAAAAGGCCAGGUUCCUGUGAAACGUAUGAGCAAGAAAAAGCAGUGUGUCACUAUCACGACUGUCUACGAGGCACAAUCGAGAAACCCGAUUAUCGAUUAGUUGAAGACAAAGUCUAUUUUGAUUUCUCAAUGAAAUACAUGUACACAGACGAAGAUUUCCGUAAAAAAGAGAAAAAGGAAAAUGGCCAAGGUGACGCCACGGAAAUCCAAGAUGGCGACCACAAAAUUGUCAAACUCGGCGAUCCUAAGGAAGAAAAACACGUAACAAUCAAAUUGCCUAAGAAAAAAUCAAACGCAAUGGUAAUUAAUCACAAGAUUUAUUUUUAAAUUUUAUAUUUACAAUUAGUUUUGUUUUUGUAUUUAUUUGAGAAUAAAAAAAUAACAUUUAAAGAUUAACAAAUUACUUUUAUUUUUAAAGUUAAAUUUUUUUUUAAAAAAUAUAUCCCUAUAUAUUUUUGAUUCAUAGAUAUAAUUUGCAUUAUUCCCUUUAUGCCAACUUACUCAAUAGGGCAGCACAUUGAAAUUAUAAAUGCAAAAAUAAAAAAAAUCUCCACCAAAUCAAAUUGUUUCUAUUAACACCAAUGUACAGACUGUUACCAUAUUCAAAAUCAUUGUAGAUUUCAUACAAAUAUAAAUAUAUCUAACUAAAGAUAUUAAUAUGCACACUUGUUUUCUACUAGCUGACCUAGCUACGCACCACCAUCAUUUUUUGAUCUUUGACAAACAGCAGCAAAUUGUCCAAUUUCUCUCUAGACUUUCAUGAAUAUUUCAAGACCAAAAUUAACAAAGUCGAUCCAGCCGUUUAGUAGUUACA